AUGAAGGUCUUGCUGGUAUUGCUUUGCAGCUUUUUAGCUACCACAAUUGCCCUCCCAUUGCGCGAGAGCUCACUGGAUACAAUCAUCGCCGGUACGCGUUUUUAUCUAUACACCGCUUCAAAUCCUGAGGAACCGCAAGAAAUUCGUAUUAACGAUGCUGAUUCGGUGAAAAACUCCUACUUCGACAAAAGUCGUCAUACAAAAAUAAUAAUUCACGGCUGGACUGGGUCUUACUUAACUAAACCAAAUAAAGAAGUACGGCAUGCGUAUUUAACACAAGAAGAUUAUAAUAUAAUCUCCGUCGAUUGGAGUACUGAUGCCGCGCUGAGUUAUAUAUCAUCGCGUGCAAAAGUGCCCGUUGUGGGUGAAGAUAUUGCCGAUCUAUUGGAUUUCUUGAAUGAGCAAUUUAACUUUAGUUAUGACAAAGUAGUUCUGGUGGGUCACAGUUUGGGUGCACAUGUUGCAGGUUACUGUGGUAAGAUUGUGAAACGUGGAAAGGUUGCUGGCAUUGUUGGAUUGGAUCCAGCAUUUCCGCUUUACAACUAUAAUGAUCCCAGCACGCGUUUAUCCACUGACGAUGCCAAAUUUGUGCUGAGCAUACAGACGAAUGGUAGCUUUAAGGGAUUUACCCAACCGAUUGGAUCAGCAGCGUUCUAUCCGAAUUGGGGACUUAAACAACCCGGUUGUGGUGCUGAUUUAAGUGGCACCUGCUCACACGGACGUAGUGUAACGUUAUAUGCCGAAGCCUUGAGAGGUUACGUUUUUAUACCGCUAUACGAGUGUUCAAGCUAUGAUGACAUAACCGCUAAAGCUGGUUGCAAUACAAUUAGAAGAGAUGUGCAAAUUGGGGAUCCAUUGCAAAUUACACAAAAGGCGGGCAUAUAUUACUUUACAACUAAUGAUGAAUCGCCUUUCGGCAUUUUGGGUGAUAGAAGUUUACAAAAAUAAAGCGUAGACUACGUAGAGUCUGCGCCAGC